AUGACUCAUCAACCUAAUAAUACCACAAGUAUCCCUUGGAUGCAAUUUUAUGUUAGCCAUAGCAGUCUUGUUCUUCUUUCGGUGCUUUACAUCAUCACUUUUAUUGUCGCUGUGAUUGGUAACAUUAUAUUAAUGGGCUUGGCCUAUCAAAAUAUGACUGGUGGCCUAAAGACAGUCACCAAUAUUUUUAUAUGCAAUUUAGCAUUUUGUGAUGUUCUCAUUGCAUGUCUUGUUAUUCCGUAUCGUUUAUCCACUUAUUUAUUCCAUCGUUGGCCACUAGGCGCAUUUCUUUGCUUUAUACUUCCUGUAUGUGAGAAAGUCUUAUUUACUGUAUCAAUCUUCCAAUUAUUAGUCAUCUCGGUUAUACGCUAUCGUGCCAUUAUUAAACCGUUAAGCCCUAUAUUAAAAAUUAAUCAUAGUCUAGCCAUCGUUCUAUUGGUAUGGUGCUUAUCCUUGCUAGGCAAUAUUCCCUUAUUUAUUAAACUCCAUACCGAUAUGUUUUAUUCUAAGCAAUUUGAUUUUUAUGGACAGCCUAUUAUAUUAACACGAGAAUGUCGACCAAAAUGGAACGACUCUGGUCUCUAUCCUCGCUUUUACUAUACUACACAAAAUUUAAUGCAUGGCUUGCCCAUCUUAGCUAGUGUUAUCAUUUAUAUUGCCAUCUUUCGAGAUGUCCAAUAUUUACGUAAUCGCCAUGGAUCAACAGCAAAUCAUCCAGCUUUACGUAGUCAUGAUUUGCAAACAUUGCGUAUUUUAGUUGGAAUCUUAGUCAUGACCAUCAUCUGUUGGUUACCUUAUACUGUCAUUACUACAGUUUUAAUGUUUACUAAACUAACUGGAAUACAAUUUAUAUUGCCGUUAGCAUUAUGUAAAUGGUUUGCCAUCUUUAAUACAUCACACAACCCAAUUAUUUGUAUAACAUCAUGCCAGUGUUAUCGUUUACGCUUUCUUUACCUUAUUGGCAGACGAGAUAGCUAUAUCAUCGAUCAAAUCAAUAUUAUGAAUCGUCGAAAAUCAGCCACUUCCAGUAUAUGA